AUGCCUCGUCGUGCAGCAUCCCCCGCGCUUUCGGAGAAUGAUUUUGAUAUCACAAAAUCUCUCUUCAAUGGUGAUAUCGACGGAGAUGACGACAAUUUCGGAAAUACAACUACUAAAAAUGUAGAACCUCUGGAUGCUAAUGGUAUAUUGGAUCUGGGACUUGAGAGCGAUGGAGAUGGUGAUGGAGCUUUCAUAUCGGCACAGCAAUCAGCUGCGAACCGAAAGAACUCAAAUUUGAAGGGGCAGAGUGUCAAGAAGGGUGGUGGAUUUCAAGCAAUGGGAUUGAAUUCUCAUUUGUUAAAGGCAAUUAGUAGAAAAGGAUUCAAUGUACCUACACCUAUUCAACGAAAAACGAUACCCUUAGUCCUCGAUAAUCAAGAUGUUGUUGGUAUGGCUAGAACUGGUUCCGGAAAAACUGCUGCCUUCGUCAUCCCAAUGAUUGAAAAGUUGAGAGCUCACAGUGUGCGUGUUGGUGCAAGAGCCCUAAUUAUGUCUCCGUCUCGAGAAUUGGCCUUACAAACAUUGAAAGUUGUUAAGGAAUUUGGACGAGGAACUGAUCUUAAAUGUGUACUACUUGUUGGAGGUGACAGUCUCGAAGAACAAUUCGGAUUUAUGGCCGGAAAUCCUGAUAUCGUUAUUGCUACGCCUGGUCGAUUCUUACAUCUGAAGGUUGAAAUGUCUUUGGAUUUAUCGUCGAUGAAAUAUGUUGUUUUUGAUGAGGCCGAUCGUCUAUUUGAAAUGGGUUUCGCUGCUCAAUUGGGAGAAAUUCUUCACGCCUUGCCAAUUUCAAGACAAACUUUAUUGUUUUCUGCAACCUUACCAAAGUCGCUGGUGGAAUUCGCCAGAGCUGGUCUUCAAGAGCCAAGUUUGGUUCGUCUCGAUGCAGAAAGCAAAGUUUCCCCAGAUCUUCAGAGUGCAUUUUUCAGUGUUAAAGGUGCUGAAAAAGAAGGUGCUUUAUUGCACAUUCUCCAAGAUUUAGUCAAAAUGCCCACAGGCCUACCCGAGAAUGCACUGAAUGCAACAGACAGGUUUGACAAGAAGCGCAAGAGAGGUCCCGAUGGCCCAAGUAGGAAGCUAAAGCCCACGGAGCAUUCAACAAUCAUAUUCGCAGCUACGAAGCAUCAUGUCGACUAUCUCGCUUCUCUACUUCGUAUGUCUGGAUUUGCUGUUUCUCAUGCCUAUGGUUCACUCGAUCAAACCGCUAGAAAUAUUCAGGUUGAGGAUUUCCGUACGGGAAAAUCAAAUAUAUUGGUAGUUACUGAUGUCGCCGCUAGAGGUAUUGAUAUUCCUGUCCUAGCAAAUGUCAUUAAUUAUGACUUUCCACCACAACCAAAGGUUUUCGUUCAUCGAGUCGGUCGUACUGCAAGAGCUGGUCAACGGGGUUGGAGUUACAGUUUGGUCAGAGAUACUGAUGCGCCAUAUCUUCUCGAUCUACAGCUAUUUUUAGGAAGGAGAUUACUUCUUGGACGUGAAUGUGGCGACUCACCAAACUACGCUGAAGAUGUGAUUGUUGGUGCUCUGCAGAGAAAUGAGAUAGAAAGCAAGUCGGAAUGGAUCACGAAGCUUCUCUAUGAUGACGACGAUCUUACCGCGCUGCGAAAUGUAUCAGCGAAGGGAGAGAAGCUCUACGUUAAGACCCGUAACUCGGCAUCAAGUGAAAGUGCAAAGAGAGCCAAAGAAGUAGUGGCAUCGAAAGGGUGGAUGGAGCUACACCCACUUUUCAAGGAUGUGACAAAUGGUGCCGAACAAGCUCGAUUGGAUAUGCUUGCAAAGAUCAGUGGAUUCCGACCCAAUGAGACUGUCUUUGAGAUCGGGCAGAAGGGUAAAGCUGCUCACAGUGAGGCUGCCGAAAUCAUGCGACACCGAAGGGAGAAAAUCAUUCCAAGAAGACAGAAAGAGGAGGACGAAAAAGCAGCAGCGGCAGCAGAAGAAUUAGAUAACGAUACGCCUAUGGAGGUAGAUGGCGACGAUGGUGAUGAUGAUGAUCUUGAGGUCACAGUCACUGGAGGAGAUGACGACAUGGCCGAGGCAUCGGAAAAUGAGCUUGAAGUUACCUUCUCGAAAGCAUCACAAAAAGGCAAAGGACGAACGCUAUCUUGGAAAGACUCCGAAAAUUUCAUGUCAUACACGCCAAAAACUAUCAAUACUGCAGAAGAGCGUGGAUAUGGUGUUCAUUCUGGUUCAUACAACACAGCGUCACAAAACUCAAACUUCGUCGAGGCAGCUAGAGGUGUUACUAUGGACCUCACCAAUGAUGAUGGGGCGAAAUCUUUUGCCGAACCCGCUAGAGCAAAGGGCAUGAGAUGGGAUAAAAAGAAUAGUAAAUAUGUCGCUCGAGCCAACGAUGAGGAUGGAUCCAAAGGAACCAAAUACAUUCGUGGAGAGAGUGGCCAAAAGAUUGCAGCUAGUUUCCAAAGUGGUCGAUUUGAUAGAUGGCGUAAAGCACACAAGGUCGAUCGUAUGCCUCGAACAGGUGAAGCAGAACGCGAAGGCCCUGCCAGUGCUGGUGGAGUUGGACGAGGCUUCGGUACACGAUACAAGCAUAAGCAAGAAAGAGCACCAAAGGAAGCUGAUAAAUAUCGUGAUGAUUACCAUGUCAGGAAGAAGAGAGUUGCCGAGGCAAAGGAAAAGAGAGUUGGCUCAUUCAAAGAUGGUAGUGGAAAGUCGGAAAUUAAGAGUACGGAGGAUAUUCGAAAGGAUAGAAAAUUACAGGAGAGGAGGAAAGCAAAGAAUGCUAGACCGUCGAAGAAGGGUAAAUAUUAG